GUCCAGCACUCGUCAACGUCCUGCACAAUACCGCCUUCUCACUCUUAGACAAGAACAGGACGGAGAUCCCGCCGCGUCUAAGGGCACUGCGCGUCGACCAUCGUACAUUUUCGUCUUCCAUCUGCUUCUGCGUGUUCUGCUAUUCUGCUUUAUCGUGUCCGCCGCACGGUAGCAUGGUCAAAGCUUGAACGCUCCCGCGCCCUCUCCCCUCUCACUUUUUCUUGCACGCACGCGCACGCACACUUCGCUCAUCUGCUCAUAGACCAAGUUGCCCGCUCACUCGCUCGUCUGCUCACUGGCCCCAAACCAAGCGCCCAUUUUCGUGCUCGUCUUGUCAAUUGCUAAACGGAAGUCUAGACCAGCUGACCUUUUACCUUUCUUCUCGCCGUCAUGAGCGCAGAUACUGAGGCGGCGUCCGCCAAUCCUACCACUGUCGAGCACAAAACCGAAGAAUCCAAGGCUCCAGAGUCGUCAGAAACCGAGGAGAAGAGCAACGAUCCUGAAAAUGGAGCUAGCGCGAACGACAAAAAGAAAAAUAACAGCGCUGGCCGCGAGCUGGAUGACAAGUACAGCAAGAAUCGCAGCGACAACAGCCGCAGCAAGCGCAAUGGCAGCUCCAGAGCCAAUGGCAACGAGCACCACCACCACAGGCGCGCUAAAUUCGAUCGCGCCAAUAUCAAGUCUCGCUACGACGAUCAAGAAAAAACCGAUGACCCCGUCCUGAUUCGCAAGCAGGUAGAAUUCUACUUCAGCGAUGCCAACUUGCUUCAGGACAAGUUCCUCUUCAACCAGAUUGGCGGUUCGGAGAACCGCCCUGUUGAUAUCAAACUCAUCGCAAGCUUCAAGCGCAUGUUGCGUUUCGAGCCAUACUCUGCCAUCGUUGCUGCCCUUACUGAAUCUACUGUCCUCGAAGUCAUCGAUGCCGACAAACCAAACGACGCCAAGGUAAGGCGACGCACCCCACUUCCGGGCAACAUCGGCAAAACCCAUGCCGAGGUGAAGGCCAAUUACAAUUCGGAGUCGAUGAAGCGCAGCAUCUACGCCAAAGGCUUUGGUCCAGAGACGGCCAAGACCCAACUUGAGAUUGAGGAUUUCUUCGCUCCGUAUAUGGCUACCUCUGUGCGUCUGCGUCGCGCGGACGACGGAUCUUUCAAAGGAAGCGUCUUUGUGGAGUUUGAGAACGAGGAGAGCAUGAAGCAGUUCCUCGAGCUAGAAGAGAAGCCUGAGUGGCAGGGCAAAAAGUUGGAGAUCAAAUCCAAGGUCGAGUACUCCAAAGAAAAGGAUAAGUUGUUGAAUGAAGGCAAGAUCCGGCGUAACGACCUGGAAGGCCAUGACGACCGGCGUGGCAACGGCCAUCGUGGCGGUAGAAACGGACACCGUGGUGGACGCCGCUUUAACGAACGUCGUGGCAGGAAUCAUUCACGUUCGAGGUCGAGGUCUCCCGGUAGAUUAGAGCGAAAGAACUGGAGAGACUUGGCUGACGAGGAGGACAAGGAGAGGGCCUCCAAGCAACAGGAUCUUGAGGACACUGACGUGCCCAAGGUCACAGGUUCUACCGAGGACAAUGGCGAGGCGACCACGAACGACAAGAAGCGUGCACGUGAGGAUGACGACAAUGCAGAAGGCGCUGAGACAAAGAAGGCCAAAGCAAAUAAUGAUUAAGCUUUGAAGAGGAACUCUGGUGGCUACUUGUUAAUCAUGAGCAUAGAAAUGGCGUUUGGGAGAAAUAAAAAAGAAAGAAUGGGUUGGCUCCGCGAUGCAAAGUCUAAAUGCGCGAAUGAUGCAUUGUCCUAAAUGCUGAUCAAAAGGCAACCUUCUUCCGUGUCAUGGAAAUACACUUGUGUCAACUAGAUGUGUGAAAGAUUUCUAAGGACGAUUGCUUCGUUUCGUCUUCCGUUCACCACUUGAUGAUUUCCUUAGCAAUAUCAUGUCGAGCAUUGGCGGAGGCAACUCGGAUUCUGAGAGAUUCGAGGCCGUCUAGGUCUAGAACAGAAAGAAGGUAAGGUGAGAAAUAAAAACAGCCGAAGCAUGCAUUGCUUUGCAAGAGUGGAACUUCGCACCGACGAACGCUCGAGCUCGUUUCAC